AUGCUCGCUUCAUCGCUUCUCUACGGUCUUCUGACCGCCGCAUCCUCAGUCAGCGCAUACCACCACGCAAAGUCCAUCAACUACACCGUCGUAACCGGCAUCUUCCAACAAGACGAGCCCUCCACCGACCCCUCGACCUUCAACUUCCUAACCAGCAACUUCGGUCUAAUCAACCGAACCUACCCCAGCGAUUCUUCCUGCCCAGACCGCAAGCACUCAACCCAAUGGCAGCGUCUCGCCCACUACAUCUCUACCCUAGACAAGAAGGCACCACGCAAUGAGCGCUACACCCUCUUCUUCAUGGGCCGCCACGGCGAAGGCUUCCACAACGCCGCAGAAUCCUACUUCGGCACCCCGGCCUGGAAUUGCUAUUGGUCUGAACUCGACGGCAACGGCACCGUUACCUGGGCAGAUGCACAGCUCACUAUUGACGGCAUCGAGCAAGCGAAAGUAGUGAACAAGUUCUGGAGCCACCUCAUUAAAGACGAGAAGAUUACUCCACCCGAGACUUUCUACACCAGCCCCCUGUAUCGCUGUCUCGAUACCGCGAAGAUCACUUUCGAAGGCGUUAAGCUGCCGAAAAAGAACCCCUUUGUGCCUGUGGUGAAGGAGUUCCUGCGUGAGGGUAUUAGCGCGCAUACAUGCGAUCGCCGCCACAGCAAGUCGUUCAUCAAGAAGAACUUCCCUGGCUUUAAGUUCGAAAAGGGUUUCGCAGAGAAAGACCCAUACUGGACUGAGCUCUUCGCUGAACCGCGCGCAAACCAAGAUGCUCGCUCAAAAGCUGUGCUCGAUGAUAUUCUCAGCAAUGAUGAUAGUACUUAUAUCUCCAUCUCCUCGCACUCGGGUGAGAUUGGAAGUUUGCUUCGUGUUCUUGGCCAUCGCGAGUUCCGUCUUUCGACUGGCGCUGCUAUCCCCGUUUUGGUCAAGGCAUCUACGCUCAAUGCUCCUGCGCCUGCUACUACGACGCUGCCGUAUACACCGCAGAAGACGUGCGCGGCGCCGCCUGCUAUCCGCGACUCGAGCUGCAAUGACUGCUCGUGCUGCACUUGA